UCACCCCCUUAUUCUGCUCUCUCGCCCAUUUCACCCCUCGAGGGUGUGCAGGUCGAGCAAAGCAAUGACGAUGACGACGAAGUAGCUGAGGCCAUGCUACCCCACGUCACGAACUGGUUCUGGGUUCAGAGAUUCGCCAUCAUCAAGACUGGAACUGGAAUCUUCGUUCCCCAGAAAAUAUACCGCCCAUACACGGAGGCGGACCAGAAACGCUACAUCGCUGAGUGCGAACUCAAGCCAGUCAUCUAUUUCUUUUCCAGUAACCCAUACGAAUACGGUGUCACACUGGAGGACGCCAUAAGGUCUAAGCACAAGGAUUUGCAGGACAAAGACGAGCCAAUGUUUGUGGGAUGUGGUCCGUCCGUGUCCAUCCGCAUCGAGUGGCCUGGUUAUCGCCCGUGGACCAAGCAAAUCCCCACCAAUGACUUCAAAACGCCCAAAGGACCGAUCACUCGAGCCAAGCUGGUCAAAAACCUAGUGAACUGUGUCAAGCGUUUCAUUGAGUGGGCAGCGAAGCAACCUAUGGAGACAAAUGCUGACCGCAGGUGGAAGGUUGGCCCGAAGCGUAUCAAAGUUGAAGAUUUGAUCCUGGUCUCUCUCCACCACGUCACAAAGGGCAGCUGGCAGCCUCAGCUACGUCUCCGCCGGGAAAGCUACGUGGAGUCUGCUCCGUCAGAUGCAGACUGCUCAAUCGGACUCGGACAAGCUCAGACGGUACAGAUGUCUGCGGGUGUCAACGUGCACAACCUCACAGCUAACCUGGCACAUCUUACUGUCUGACCCGUCUGGCAUCAUCUAGUAAACGGUGCUUUGUACAGUAUGUAGUUUGUUUGAGGAAAUUGUAUGGGCUAGCACAUGUCACACAUGGCAGCUUCUAACCAUUCCCUGUACAUCCUCCUGGCAUAUGCAUACAUUGGUUUGUUAUUUCCUUGUGUUCUCCCCAACUACAGAACCCGAAGACAAAGGAGCCCAUCCCCCCCCUCCCCCCUUCCUCCUCUUCCGC